GUUCCGAUCGGUGUAGUAGAAAACGUGCUCCGUGUUUGUUUGUGGUGUGAUUUUGUUUGAAGUUUACUGAAUCAAAGGAGCAUUUCUUCGAAUUUUAUUUUAUCUUCCCAUCUUAUCGGGUGAUCUGGAUAUACAUAUUUUUUCGGAGGUGAAUGUCGUUCUUUUUCGUUAAAUGAAGUGGAGGUUGACGUCAGUUGGAGUUGAAUCCCACAAUCCAUUUAACAAAUUUUAAAAGGAACUGGGUUCUGGAAGAAGAAUCAUACAACCCACAUAGCAUCUUUUCGACACUGGUUGCGUUCGUGGGGCUGAUAAGGUGGCCGAGUGGAUGGUGACAGCCAGGAUACCGAUCUUGCUGGAACUUACCAACCUGGCGCACAUCUAAGUACCUUGACGCUACCCCUAGCUCAACUUCUCCGCUGGACAAUAUAUUAUGAACUGUGAUGGACCGAGGUCACGUGAUAGCGGUGCGUAUGAGUGGUGCAGUGUGAGCCCAGAGGCAUGGAGUCCUGGCAACCGAACCCGCGUUCACAGCCCUUCAUCCCGAAGCGAGGCGUGUUGUAUAACUCACAGGCGCUCAUCACCCGGCCUCUGGGGAGACGGCGCUUUCUCACAAAGAUAUUCCAGGGGCUAUUGAUUGUGGUGCUACUCAUAACAAUUGGUAUCAACAUCAUGUUUAUCCUAGACACAAGCAGACGUCUUCAUGAUGAAGUGCAAACUACAGGAGAUGGGGGAGAGCUGGUUGAUGGAAGAAACAGGAGAAACAACUUGAGGCUGCAAGAAAGUCAGCCCAAGUCACUUGCCAUUGAAGUAGUCAGCAGCCAGUCCAAAGUCUCGGUGUCUGUUGAUGGGACAACGAUCCUGGAAGAUGGUGAGGAGCAUAAGGGACGGGGCAUCCAUGUUCUGGUGCUAAAUCAGGCCAGUGGCAGCGUUAUGACACAGCGUACGUUUGACACAUACUCGCCACACGAAGAUGAAGCUAUGGCACUGUUCCUCAACAUGGUGUCUGAUGGAAGGAUCAUCAUAUUUGCCAUAAAGGAUGAAGGGACAUUCCAGAUGAAGCAGCCUGCACGUGAUCUCUUGAAACGACUUGGGUCGAAGCGAGCUCAGGUUAUUGGCUGGAGAGACAUGUGGGCAAUGGUGACACAGAAAGGUGCCAAGAUGUUCGGAGAGUCUUACAGCAAGAGUACUGAGUUCAAUGCCUGGGGAGCUCCUGUAGUUCUUCGCACUGAAGUUCCUCUUGUUCCAGUUGAAGAAAGUGAAUGUGACUGGGCAGAUAAAGAAGAAAACAAACGGCGAAGAGAGUUUUGUAAUCAUAUUGAAGGCUAUGGCAGUGUAUGUAGCUGUACAGACCCUGCUCCACUCUUGUUCAACCCUGAACCAGUCUUGAAUAAUGAAGUUCAUGAUGUGCCAGUUGCAAUUAUAGCAAGCAACAGACCUCACUACUUAUAUAGAAUGUUACGAUCACUGCUAUCAGCACAUGGGGUAAACCCUGAAAUGAUAACAGUGUUCAUCGAUGGAUACUUUGAGGAACCUCUUGAAGUUACCAAGCUCUUUGGACUUCGAGGAAUCCAGCAUACACCACUUGGAGUUAAAAAUGCUCGAAUAUCACAGCACUAUAAAGCAUCACUCACUGCCACAUUCAACAUAUUCCCAAAUGCCAAAUAUGCCAUCAUUGUGGAGGAGGAUUUGGAUGUGUCACCAGAUUUCUUUAGUUACUUCAGUCAGACCCGACGCUUAUUGGAGGAAGAUGAAAUGAUAUAUUGCAUCUCGGCAUGGAAUGACCAGGGCUAUGAGCAUACAAGUGACGAUCCAAGUUUACUGUAUCGUGUUGAAACUAUGCCAGGUCUUGGAUGGCUUAUGAAGAGAUCUCUGUACAAAGAUGAAUUAGAAUCCAAGUGGCCAACACCAGACAAGAUGUGGGAUUGGGAUAUGUGGAUGCGUUUGCCUGAGAUUCGUAAAGGCAGAGAGUGCGUAAUUCCAGAUGUGUCUCGGACAUACCACUUUGGAUCUUCAGGCCUGAACAUGAACUCAUACUUCCAAGAUGUCUACUUUAAAAAGCAUUCCUUCAAUACUCAGCCCAAUGUCGAGCUCAAGAAUGUGGACAGCAUGAAAAGGAAUAACUAUGAGGAGCUGAUAGUGAGCAUGAUCAAACGAGGCACAGUGCUGGACCACAGCAAGUCACCUUGUGAAGAGAACUUCAUUCCAGACAAGAAGGGUGAAGUCAACAUCAUGUUUAUCAAAAUGGAAGAACCGAAAGACUUUGUUACAUGGCUGCAAGUUGCAAAGUGCUUCAAGAUUUGGGAUCUUGAUGCCCGGGGUUAUCAUAAAAGCAUGUGGAGAAUGCGUGUGAAGGGCAGUGAUAUGCUUGUCAUUGGUGUUCCAAAUUCAGAAUAUGCGAAAUACAAACCAUCAAAUAUCACUCCAAUUUAUUUGGAACCCCAGAAAGAUAAGAAUAAAGUUAGGUAGCAGGACAAAGUGUUGCAGAGUUUCUCCUAUCCAACGUUGCCAUAAUAGCAGACUGUCUGUGAAUUGCACCUAGACAGUCCAGCAGAUGGGAAGGUGCUGACUUCUGAGAUGGAUCACGCUUAUCAUUUCUGUGCCCAUCAAGAAAGUUUCUUGUCUAGAACUGUAUCUUUGUAAUUCAUAAGAUGCCAAAACUGUGUGCUGAUAUGUUAAUGUGUUCUUCAUGUUGUGUGACAAUAAUAACGAGAUGUAUGUGUGUUGAUGAGUAUUUGGAGAGUAGAAGUGAAUGUAUGCUUCUAGAAAUGAGAGAGGACCAGCUGUGCCACAAAAACAGAAUCUAAUUAGCCAUAGUAACCACCUGAGAGUUGCUAUGGUUCCUUCUCUUACCUUGGUGGAUACACUCACUCCUAGAAUCAGCCUUAGGUUUGGUCAGUUGUGUUCAUAUACCUGACACACUGAGAUGGAACUAACUGCAGUCUAAAUUGACCAAAAGAGUUUUGCCUCAAGUUUCAUUCAUUUAGCUACCCAGGUUUGUGUAGAUUAACGAUGGAUUAUGAUACUUAUUCUCAGAAAGGGGCAGGCACGUGGUAGCAUAGUGGUUGAGGAGCUAUGCUACAAGCCAGAAGGUCGCGGGUUGAAGUCCUGAUGGGUU